AUGUCAGCAUCGGCGCACAUUAGUCGCAGCCACUUUGGCGACCACACCAUCAUCCAUCAGGGAAACGUCCAAGGGAAUGUGUACUAUGGCACAGCGCCACACCCGUCGGCCCGUGCCGAAGUGGUCCGCGUGAUUCCCUAUCCCCGCAACGAGGAUCUUGUUCAUCGAUCAGACCUCAUUGACAAGCUGGACAAACUUCUGCCGCAAACUGCUUCGGGAUCUUGUAGCGCAGCACUCUGGGGGCUGGGAGGAUCAGGGUAUAUAUUCACUUUUGCCAUGCUACGCUACCCGGGAGGGCUAACGAAAAACAGUAAAACACAGAUCGCGCUGGAUUAUGCAUACCGGAGAUGCGACGCCGAUAAGAAGUGCAGUAUCUUCUGGGUGCAUGCUGAUAGCGAAGCGACUUUCUUGGCUGAUUACAAGACCAUCAGCAAGAAGCUUGGGGUUGACGAGCAGCUGGACGGGGUGGGUCUGCUGGAUGCCGUACGCAAUGCAAUUGAGGGACAGUCAAAAUGGCUCAUGAUCCUUGAUAAUGCGGAUGACCUGAAACUAUUUGGCGUAGGGAAGCAACCAGGAGAAAACGCGACGGAUAGUGAAAGUCAGAACUUCUACAAGUACGUACCUUGUUCUUCACAAGGAACAGUGCUUUGGACAGGUCGAGAUGCGCAUAUCGGGGGUACACUCGUCGGAGCACGUCGCAGUAUGCAAGUGCAGUCUAUGGCAACAGAUGAAGCGACGAAACUCCUGGCAAUGGCGAGGGGUGACCCUUACCCGCUAAUACCAGAUGGGGUGGGAGUAGACGACCUUCUGGAAGAGCUGCAAUGCCUACCGCUGGCCGUCUCGCAAGCUGGUGCAUAUAUGCGGCGCAUGUCCAUGACAGCUGAAGAAUACCUGCCCCUACUUAUACAAGGCAGGUAUCGGUGGGAGGUGCUCAAAGUAAGCGACACAGACCGACACCGACGACCUGAGGUAUCGAACAGUGUGCUCGAGACAUGGAGGAUCUCGACAGAGCGGAUCAGAGCGGAAAGUGAGAUGUCAUUUCGGAUCCUACAUACGAUUGCAUAUGUGGAUAGCCAGGACAUGCCACACGAGCUAAUAACCGCAGCAGCUCAUCCAUUCGACAAUGGUAUCAAGGAUGAUCAAGGUGACGAAGGCUUCGCUAUACAAGUUUCAGAGCUUGAGGUCCGUAUGGCCGUGGCACGGCUGACGGAGUUCUCAUUUCUCACAAUGUGUCAAUCAGACGAUGGGAUACGAAGCUACGAAUUGCAUAAGCUCGUACGAGAGGCUCUGCAGUAUGGGUUGAGGAUUCACAGCCCGCAGGACGAGGCGUUAUAUAGUGGCAGGGCACUGCAGGUAGUUGACGGCCUGUUUCCGAUAUCUGAACCGACAUCGUGGGCACAAUGCAAGCAGUACUUGACACAUGCUAUACGAGUAGCAGAGUAUGCAGAAAUAAGCAAGACGGAGAUAGAGACAGCGAACAUGCUUGAGAAAGUGUCGCACUUUUUGUAUCAUCAAGGACAAUGGAAGGAGAAAAGAUCAGUGGAUAGUCGGGCAUGGAGCCUCCGACGAGAAGUUCUUGGAGAGAAGCACCCAGAUACAAUCAGGAGCCUGGCAGCAAUCGGGGCGACAUACCUUGCACAACGCCAGUUCACCAAGGCUCAAGGCGUUACAACAAGAGUACUAGGACUCCGACAAGAGAUUUUGGGGACACAUCCUGAGACGGUUAGGAGCAUGGAAGACCUCGGAGCGAUACAUCUCGAGCAGGGCCAGUAUGAUGAGGCUAAGAGGCUACAAUAUGAGGCCUUGCGACUCCGACAAGAAAUGCUUGGAGAGAAGCAUCCUGAGACGAUUAAGUGCACGGCAGACCUUUGGUCAAUAUACUUUCAACAAGGUCAAUAUGACAAAGCCAAGACACUGAAAGAUGGCGCCCUGCAUCUUCAACAGCAGGCUCUCGGAAACACUCACCCUGAUACAAUCAGAAGCUGGGCAGAGUUUGGGGCAAUACACCAUGCGCAGGGCCAAUAUAUUGAAGCUCAAGAUAUCGCAAGAAAAGUACUGAAACUCAGAGAAGAAAUGCUCAGCAAGGAGCACCCUGAUACUGUCAUGGGAAUGGCAGACUCUGGGAUUACAUAUAACGCAGAGGAUGAUGCUCUAGAUAUUGCAACAAAGGUCCUAGAGCUCCGAAAAGAAGUACUCGGGGAGAAAGAUCCUAAUACGAUGAGAGCUAUGGCGGACAUCGGGGCGAUAUACUAUGAGCAGGGUCGAUACGAUAAGGCUGAGGAAUUGUAUACUGAAGCCUUAGAACUUCAACGAGAUAUACUUGGGGAGAGACAUCCAGAUACCAUCAAGAGCAUGGCAAACGUCGCGGCGACGUAUAACCAGCAGGGCCAAUACAGCAAAGCCUUUGAGCUUCAUCAAGCUACCAUGGACCUUCGCCGCCAGGUCGCUGCUCUCUUCCUUGCUAUUUCGGGGUUGUUCCCCCAAGGACGAGGCGCACUGGAGCGUCUGUUCGAAUGGGUCAUUGCCGACGACCUCUUCCUCAUGGAGGACGAAUAUGAGUUGAAGCGCCUCACGGUCCUGUGUGAGGACCAGAAGCACGAACUGGAAGAUCUCAAGGAGGAGAUCGAUGAGGCAAUCUGCGAAGGAGAGGACGUCACGCAUUAA